AUGUUCUCAGUGACUAAAUUGUGGAAAGACCAUGGUAAAUUCUGUGAUCUGCUUGCUGAAGACUACUUCAAUUUAGCAUUCAAGUUUUAUGAAGACGUUAAUGUGACAAAUAUGCUUGAGGGUGCUGGAAUUUCAGUUGGGAUUGAUUUUGAUCCUAACUUGAUUGUUCAAAAAUGUGAUGGUGGAGACGAUGAUGAUGGUGGUAAGACUGCUACUAUAGGUGAUUAG